AUGAUCAAACUGCGCGAUCGGGACGAAGCUGGUGACGGGUCUUUUUCCGGUAGAGGCUGUGCGUUUCUUGUGAGAAUUGACGCAGGGGAGGCUGCAAGAGCGGAGGGAGCAGCCGGGGCACUUCUGGCCAUGGGCUACGAGACGUUCGACAGUAGUAGUGAAACGGAAGAAGAUGUAGCCCCGCCCCAGCAAAAUAGAAUGCCGAGGGGUGGCCGGAUUUCUGGUAAUGGGAGGCUGGUGGCCAUGGCUUCUCACCCUUUCCCGAGGAAUACGUAUGAUGACAAUGAUAUGGAAGCAAAAAUCCACCAGCUUGAGCAAGAAGCUUACUGUUCUGUUCUUAGAGCUUUCCAAGCUCAAGGAGAUGCUAUUACCUGGGAAAAGGAAAGUGUAAUAACAGAGCUCCGAAAAGAGUUGAGAUUAUCCAAUGAGGAGCACCGAGAUAUUCUAAGCAGGGUUAAUUCAGAUGAGACAAUCAGGAGAAUAAGGGAGUGGAGAAAGUCGGUUGAGCGUCAAACGGGUAGUCAUCGAUCUAGUCAUGGAGCGGCUGCUCAUGAUCCGGCACCGAGUCCUUCAGUCUCAGCUUCUCGUAAAAAGCAAAAGUUAGUUCCAUCAUUGCCUUCUCAAUCCUUUGGUGGACCAGCUCCUUUCCACCCACAGCCGAUGGCUCCAACAAACCAGUCCUUAUCCUCAGCCGCAAAGCGUGGGCCCACGAUUGGCGUGAAGGGCAAAAAGCCUAAAUCUCUGCCGGGAGGAUCAUCCUCCAUGAAAAUGCAGUAUCCCGUGGGUCCCGCAGGAAGAGGUCAAUUUGGUAACCGAAUGUCUUCUGGUGGCCCUAUGAAUGAGCCAGCAGAAGGAGCUCCAUUUGAUCCGUUGAUUGGAAGGAAAGUACGGACCAGAUGGCCGGACGAUAAUAACUUUUAUGAAGCCCUGAUUACUGAUUAUAAUCAUGUGGAGUUCCUUCUAUUCGUGGAUUCGCUUUUAGCUCAUCUAGUUAUUAAGUUGCUUNAAUGGGUCAACCUAUCUGAGAUUUCUCCAGAUGAUAUUAAAUGGGAAGGUGAAGACCCUGGGGUUUCCCGUCAUGGAGGUUUCGGUGGGCCGGGGCAUGGAAUGGGCCGGCCUCGAGAUAAAAAUGGGCCUGGCCCAGGCAGAGGGAGGGGUUUGACCAAAGUUCAACCGAGGAAAGACUUUCCCCAAUCUCAAAAUGGCAUAGGAAAGAAGGGACUUGAUGAUAUCCGGUUGCUUCAUACCGAUACUUUAAUUAAGGAGGUUGAGAGGGUUUUUAGCGCUAGUCAUCCGGAUCCAGUGGAGAUAGAGAGAGCAAAAGAAGUGGUUAAGGAGCAGGAAUUAGCACUCAGUGAAGCCAUUGCAAGGCUUGCAGAUUUAUCUGAUGGUGAAAGUGAGAAGGAUUUACAGACAGGUUUGCCGGGUUUAGGGCUGGAGGCGGAUAUAGUCGCUCACCUCCUGUACCCACUCGCCUCCUCCGGCCGAGGGUUUGUAUCCAGGCCGGCUGGGGGUCCCUCCCCGAGGCCGCCGUUUGUUUACCCUUAUUUUGAUCCGAGUCGAGGCAACCCGGGUUUCGUCAGGCCGAACCAAUUGCCUCAGGUGCUCCUCGGGUCCGGGCCGGGUUCCUCUGUCAACCCUUCAGGUACAGGGAUGAUGCCUGGUUUAGUUAAAGGAGUUCCUGUCUCCUCUUCACGCCAUCCAAAGGCUGGUCCGCCUUCUACUUCAGUCUCUGAUAUUAAUGGCCACAACAAUUUAAGGGAUAGACAUAGGGAUGAUACUCUUGCAGUUGUCAGAGAUAGGAAGGUCCGGAUUACUGAGAAUGCCUCACUUUAUGCCCUCUGUAGAUAUUUCAUUAGAUCUGCUCAGAUAUUUUACAAGCUGAACCAUCAUGCUUUGCUGUUUGCUAUGAACUCCUUAUAUAUCUUUCUUAAAUGGGUACAGCUGCCACCAUACCUGGAUACGGUCAAAUCUCUUCCCAGACCUUUGCCCGUAGCUCCACAAACUGUUGAUUCACCCAAUAAAGAAUCAGAAAACAAAGAAGCGGAAGAUGAGGAAGAAUGUUCUGCUGAGAAUUUGUCUGAGAAGGAGCUCUUGCAGAGACAUAUCAAACGUGCCAAGAGGGUUCGUUCACGGCUAAGAGAAGAACGGUUGCAACGAAUUACAAGAUACAAAACCCGACUCGCGCUUCUGUUGCCUCCAAUGGUCGAACAGCAAUACAAGAACGAAUCUGAUCAAGCAAACUAAAAAAAACACCUCGUAAUCUUUGCUUCCUAUUGGUCGAUAUAAUCUUAUUUAUGCCACCAUCUAUUUGCAUAACAAUAAUACAUUGUGGCACCUACAAUUUGAAAAUAGAAUGGGUGAAAUAUAUACAAGAUUGAAUAUGUAUGUAUAAAUGUUGUUGAGCCCCAGUGCUUUGCAGCACUGUAGAGAGACUAUUGAUGAGAGAUUUUUCUUCGUGUGUCGUGAGUUCCCCUGUUUGUGUCUUGAAUUUGCUGUCAAUAUGUUAGUGUAUGUAAAACCUGAUAUAGUGAAAGCUUGUUCGGUGUCUAAUGCUCGUUUGUUGUAGGAUCGAUUAAAGCAGAUUUGGAUUCAACGAGUUUCGGGUUAGAAUCAG